AUGGAUUUGCUAGGUCCCAGUUUAGAAGAUCUUUUUUGCCUUUGCGGCAGAAGAUUCUCAUUGAAAACUGUACUCAUGAUAAGCCUACAACUAUUGCAUAGAAUAGAAUAUGUUCACGGUCGACAUUUAAUAUACAGGGAUGUAAAACCUGAAAAUUUCCUCAUCGGUAGGAUCGGUACUAAAAAAGAGAAAAUUAUUCAUAUAAUAGAUUUCGGUUUGGCCAAGGAAUAUAUCGAUUUAGAAACAAACAAGCACAUACCAUAUCGGGAACAUAAAAGUCUGACCGGUACCGCUAGAUAUAUGAGUAUAAAUACACAUUUGGGAAAGGAACAGAGCAGGAGGGACGAUUUGGAAGCCCUCGGCCAUAUGUUUAUGUAUUUUUUGAGAGGGAGUUUGCCUUGGCAGGGAUUAAAAGCAGAUACGCUAAAAGAAAGGUACCAAAAAAUAGGAGAUACCAAAAGAGCAACGCCGAUUGAGGUUCUCUGCGAGGGGCACCCUGAGGAAAUGGCUACUUACCUACGCUACGUUAGGCGGUUAGAUUUUUUCGAAACGCCAGACUACGAGUACCUAAGGAAACUAUUUCAGGAAUUAUUUGAAAGAAGAGGGUACACCGACGAUGGAGAGUUUGACUGGACGGGAAAACCCAUGUCUACACCGGUUGGAUCAUUUCAAACAGGACAGGAUAUUAUAGUGUCACCAAAUAGGGAAAGGCAUCAAUCAGCAAAUAAAGUCGUGAGUUCGACGAACGGGGAAUUAGCAAACGAUGAUCCGACUCCAGGUCAUUCGAAAACUCCAAUCACGGUGGAUCCAGACGUGGAAAUUGUAGAUGAAACUAAGUGUUGCUGUUUCUUCAAAAGAAAGAAAAAAAAAUCUAGUCGUCAAAAAUGA